GGCAACGGACCUGUGCUACCCUCACGCUCCUGACGAGCUCUCAGUUCCGCAACCGCGUCACUCGUACGGAACCUUCAUAAAUACCUUAUAUAUUUUUCCCGUUGCAGCUUCGCGCUAUAAACUUCACACCGACACCAGCGGAGCCGAUUUAAAAGGAAAAUCCUUUGAAAAGUUGUGUCUGUUUGUGAUGGACUAUGUACGUGAUCCUUAUCCUGGAAGAUAGAAAAGGUGAACAGGACAAGGGUGGUGUAAUAUGUAACACGUUACAUCUCUGUGACUUAUUACCGCAUCUAACCAAGCGAGAAAUCAACAAAACCGAAAAAUGGGCAAGAAAAAUUCAAAAUUGAAGCAAGAUACCAUCGACAGACUCACUAACGCCACAUACUUUACCGAAAAAGAGAUACGGCUUUGGCACAAAGGAUUUCUAAAAGACUGUCCUAACGGCUUAUUAACAGAACAGGGCUUCAUAAAAAUCUACAAGCAGUUCUUCCCUCAAGGUGACCCGAGCAAAUUUGCCUCACUUGUAUUUCGAGUCUUCGAUGAAAACAACGAUGGGUCAAUUGAGUUUGAAGAAUUCAUACGAGCCCUAUCUGUCACAUCGAGAGGAAAUUUGGACGAAAAAUUGCAUUGGGCUUUUCGACUCUAUGACGUGGACAACGACGGAUAUAUAACACGAGACGAGAUGUAUAACAUAGUGGAUGCUAUAUAUCAGAUGGUUGGUCAAACACCCCAACCGGAGGACGAAAACACCCCACAAAAGCGCGUCGACAAGAUCUUCGACCAAAUGGACAAGAAUCACGACGAUAGGCUAACACUGGAGGAGUUUCGUGAGGGCAGUAAGGCCGACCCUCGCAUUGUACAAGCUCUCUCCCUUGGGGGAGAUUAAUCGACAGUCAUUCUCUCGCCGGAUUUCUCCUUUAAUUAAAUACUAACGCCACGUGUUGCAUUCUACUUUGGAUUUCAAAAUGAGAAUGUCCAUUACUAUGGACUGCUUCGUAUAUUAAACAACAUAUUUUAAAUAAAAACAGUAGGUUUUGGUAUUAUUUAAUCUUGCAUAACGGGUUUAUAAUUGGAUUUACUUUCUUUUAAUUUGUUAUCGGUGUAUUUAUGGAUCAAAAUUGAGUACCAUAUUUGUUCUGUAAUAUUGUGUGUUGUACCCUACACAAAGGAAAAAAAUUACGACAUGGUCGUGUAUAAUUACUAAAAUAAGGUAAAACAUCUGACACAAAAAUGUUUCUGUCGUAAAAAACCCCAAAUGAUUCAUAAUUUUUAAACACGCAAAUACCGUUUAACAUAAUUGAAUAUUUAGGAAUAUAAUAUUUGGUCAUUAAAAAAUAUAAUGAUUUUGUAGCCGUUAAAUUUGUAGUAUUUAAUAGAGACCCAUGCUGGAGCGUUAUAAAUUCAGGAUUAGAGUGUCGUAUCCAUGACGUGUUGGGUCACUUUACAAAGUCAAAAUUGCUCUUUGAAUUAGACGUUCAUCCGAAAACUCUUGCUCUCUUAUUCUGAUUCUGGUUAAAGUUAUAUGAAAUAAAGUUCAUAAUAAUUAAUAUAAGGAUUAAGACAACAAUGAAUCACUGAUAACAGUCAUGAAAGCCUCUUAAAAGAUCAGAAGAACAAAAGAACCUCUCUGUGGAUCAGUUUAUCAGAACAAUAGCGUUAAUCGAAAAUCAAUGACUUGUAGAGAACAGAAAGAGCAACGUUUCCGUUAAUUUUGACAGUUUUAAUGUUUCUUUAGGAGUUAUGUUACUUAAAGAUAACUAUUGCAUCUACACAACAAAAUCUACAGUUAAUAGAACAUAAAAUAAGUGUACUGCACCAGAAAUAUUCCGACAUCUUUUUACGUCAUGAAUAUUUAAAAAGUCUUAACUUCUUUGGAUAUUCAUAAACAGAGCGAUUCUGAUAGCAUCCUCUCAAACUAUCUUCCUAAAGCCAUAACCUCCUUGAUCUACAAAACAAUAGGAGCUAUUAACAAUAUCCAUCUCCAGGCCAUAUCUAGAGUGGUCGAUCAACUGACCUUACCCAUAUAUGUGCAGAAGCAAUGAGUCUACGAGGAGGAGCUUGCGGUUUGUUUGGAUAUAGCGAAAACCUUCGAUCGGGUGUGCCAUAAAGCGCUUCUCUCAUAGCUUCCAGCCUAUGUAGGGCCUCUCCAACAAAUUAUGCAAGAUCUCCAGCUUUCUGGCCGAUCGAAGCAUCAAUGCCGUCAUUGACGGAGCAUGUUCAAAAUCCGUGAACGCAGACAUCCCUAAGGCUGUCUUAUCCCUGACCCAUUUUGAAAUUAUGUACAAAGGACUUGAUAAAAUACUCAUGCCAUUUAUGUCAACUACAAAGUAAUAAUUAACAUUUUGUGGCAAAGCAAAUCCGAGCGAGAGAUCACAGAUAACAAUUCUUAAAUCUUAUAUAACCAUAUUCACUGUUUCAUGACAAACAUUUUAAGUACAAAACAUUCCAUAUAUGUAUUAGUCUAUAAGCAUUUGUUGCACUUUUAAUAAUGAUAUGCCAAACUGCGUAAAAAAGAAAAAUCCAACCGCUUUGCACAAUACAAAUUUUGUAACUAUUUAUCGAUUCAUAAAUAGAAACAUAUUCACUCAUACAAAUCAUAUAUAGAACUAUGCAUUUAUGUCAAACACACAUUUAGCUGUUUACUGGAUAUUUCAAAUAAAAUCUACAUCCUUGUUCAUAAACAUUUGUAAACGAAAAGGGACCCUCUCUGUUGCUCAGCUGUGGGCUAGGUGUCUAUAAAAUCCUUCGAAGCAUGGAUUGGUUCGUUGCUAUAUGAAACGAGUUGUUAUCUGUCUGCUAAUAAGAAUUAAUAAGGCAGUAAUCGAUUGUAUACUUUAUAUGUGUAUAAUAACAAAGAAUAUUUUAUUAAAAUCUUGGCGUCAUAUAUAAAUGUUUCACAGUUUUAAAUCUUUUAAUGAAAUCAUGAAUCAUUGUGUAAACAACUUACCGUUCUUAUUUCCAAUUUCAGGAUAUAAUAGGAUAGUAAUCAUAUAUUUUAUAACACUUCAGAGUCAUCAGAUAGCAUUUAAUUCAAAUAUUGCUGUUGUUAAAAGUUGUUAGGUUUUUAAGUGUUACGAUCCAGGCAGACAAUUGUUGUAUUUCGUAUUUGUGACAAUACAAUCUGUUUUGGCAUAUUGCGUACGCUGGGUUUUUACAACCCGAUAUACUUUAGAAACAUUAUACCCAACUUCAAAAAUUAUAAAAAAAUCAAAGAUAAAUUUUACAUAAAACAGUUAAUGUAAGGCGUUUUGUCGUUAAAUUUUUGGAUAAAAUUAAAAUGGAUAAGAAAAAUUUAAAAUGUGUAAUGGCGAGUAAGGUUGUGGAUGGUAGCAUUAAGGAAGAUUUGAAUUAAAUGAAUUUUAAUAGUAAAAUAAAGAUAAGUAUUGACGUACAUAACUUGCAUUUAUAUUUACUUAAUUCGUGCAAAAAAAUUACCGCCUGUGGUGCUUAUUGCACUUUUUUAAAUUAAGUUUUGAGAUUCGAGCAAUUGUUUUCGCAAAUAAAUAGCAACCCCGACUUCAAUGUUAAGAUUUUGUAUUGCGAAACCCCAAAGUUUCCAUGUCGGAUUUAAAGAACAUCAAAAUUUUAUACAUAAACGUCGGGACUGCUGCAGCUACUACUAAACUAAGGAAAUUAUCUGAAAUUUAAAAAUUAUUUGUCAAAAAGUGAAAAAACAAAUGCUUGUCAAUUUGUAGGUAAGUUUAAGGCUUCAAGCAUUAUAAGUCAUAACAAAGUAGACUUUUUAGAGUAGGAUAACCGUUGCGGGCUGUGCUUUGUAUUAAGUGAACGUUUGCAUUUGAAUUGUAGUUGGCAAGUCUUAAACAGACAACACAGAAAUAACGCUUCUAACUCCGCUUAUUUUUAAAACCUUUUCACAAAACCAUUUCAAGAAAUAUACCACAAAUGUCUAUACUUAUAAUUUCUUAGAAAUUUUAAUACAACUUUCAAGUGUCGUGCGUUUAUGUAGUAAAUAUAGUUGUUAGGUGUCUGUUGUAAAAUGUGAAUAGGCACAUACAGCCUUUUAAAUUCAAUAUUAACCAUACUUUGAUCACUACUUGCUGAAUACUCUAGGUAAGAGAUAAAAUACAUAACUUCUAAUUCGUAUUUGUAUAAGCUACCUUUUAGAAGUGGUCAGAGACACUAUGAUGCUAUAAUUGUUAAACAUUUCCAUAAUUUAUCGAUUGUCAGCAGCGAACUGAAAAAAAAUCAAUUUUGAUAGAAAUGUAAUUUUGAUUAUCCAUCGCAUACAUCUCUUUGCAAAUAUUCUACUAAAUUACCAGUUAUAUAUCGUAAAAAGUAUAUUAAAGUAUUUAUAUAUCCGUGAUUUUGGCAGCUGUUUUGUAUCAAUUAAUCGCUACUCGCUAAGUGUAAAGCGACUCUAAUGCCCGCCUUCCACUGCAAGCGGAACGGACCCAUUACGGACUCCGCUAUACUGGUAACGAUGACUUUCAUACAUGUGCUUCCACCAAAGCGGAGACGGCAUGUAUGAAAAUGUAGCGGAGGCCGUAAUGGGUACUUUCCGCUCGCUGUGGAAGGCGUGCAUAAAUCUAAAGAUUUUUCAUACACGUAUUUGACGUAGACUAACCCUCAGAUUCAGUCGAUACUUAGAUUUAUUGGAUUAGACACAGUCACAAUUAGCGUUUACUCUCAUCACUAAAUAUUGCCCAUAGUAUAGACUAUAGUUGUUGUUUGAUACUGUGUUGUUCUAUUUCGUAAAUUCUUUUCAAAUUUUGGCAUCUGUCACAUUUGUAAGAAACAAUUUGAAGUUCAGUUCGCUGCAUUCUAUAUUUUUGAAAUUAGUAAUUCUGUGUAAAUAGUA